AUGUUCUACGUAACUACAACAGCUUUGCAAGCGGACCUCGCGCGAUUUUGGGAAAUCGACGAAGGACCAUUCGCCACACAUCUUUCAGAAUCUGAACGACAAUAUGAGGAGCACUUCCGAAACCACGUCCGACGAACCAAAGAAAGCCGAUACAUCGUUGCAUUACUGUUCAACGAAAAACUUCCUUCUCUAGGGUCGUCGAAGGCCGCUGCAAUGAAGCGACUUUCCUCUCUUCAUCGCCGAUUUCAACGUGAUAAGCAACUUGAAAUCGCGUAUCGUGCGGUGAUUCAAGAAUACCUUGACCUGGGACAUAUGACAAAUGUUAACAUGGAUCACCCCACUAACCACGGAUAUUAUGUACCACAUCACGGCGUGAUCAAGGAAUCAAGCGAUACUACUAAACUCCGGGUGGUGUUCGACGGAUCGGCAUCAAGUACCACCGGAGUUUCAUUAAACGAUGCCCUGCAUACCGGUCCGAAACUACAAGAGGAAUUAAUAAACAUAUUAUUGAGAUUCCGGUCGCAUCAAUACGUCCUUACCGGCGACAUCGAGAAAAUGUGUCGGCAAUUCAUCGUACGUCCAGAAGAUCGUAAUUAUCAAAAGAUCUUGUGGCGUGCCGAUAACGGCGAGAUCGAGACCUAUAGACUCAAUAAUGUAACGUUCGGUCUAUCCGCAGCUCCGUAUCUAGCCAUUCGGUGCCUUAAGCAAUUGGCAGAGGACGAGGGAUCUCGAUUUCCGAAAGCAGCGCAAAUCCUGCAACGGGAUUUCUAUGUCGACGACGCGCUGAUCGGAGCCGAUACAAAAUGA